GCACAGUCAACCACAGCAACAAUGGCCAAGUCAAAGAACUCGUCCCAGCACAACCAGUCGCGCAAGGCGCACCGUAACGGCAUCAAGAAGCCCAAGACUUCGAGAUACCCUUCCCUCAAGGGAACCGACCCCAAGUUCCGCCGAAACCACAGACAUGCUCUUCACGGCACCAUGAAGGCUCUGAAGGAGCUCAAGGAGGGCAAGCGGGAGACAGCAUGAACGCAUUCCGAUUUAGCAGGUGGUGAAAAAAGGGGAUCUUUGCAAAGUUUCAGGCCAAUGGCCGCAGCUUAAACCAUUAGACGCGAUUUGCGCAGGAAUUGAUACCUCACCAGCUAAUAGGAAAUGCAUCACUAUAAUGCUGAGAUAUCGAUUGGGUUCCAUCUCAAUAUGAGUUCCAGGUAGACAAUUGGUUGUCUAAAUUAUGGCACUGCUGUGUACACUCUUACCGGUCCAUUAUUCUUUUGGUAGCAAACAGUGAUUUCUUGUGAUUGAUG